AUGAAAAUGAAAAACAGGUCUCAGGGUCUGCCAUCCAGAAUGCCAGACAAUACUGCAUUUCAACAGCAGCAGUUGCCAGCCUGGAGACCUUACCUCACAGCCUGGGCAGUCCUCCCUGGAUUCUUUGCCACUGCAGCAUUCUUUCUCAGCAUGGGCAUCCUCCUCAUAUCUGCAAAGAGUGUCAAGGAAAUUGAGAUUACAUACACGGACAUAUGCUCAAACUGUUUGAAACUGAGGGAAAAGGCCUCUAAUUUCUACAAGUGUACCUGCUCGGUUCCUUUCUUCAUUCCAGAGGAAAUGCCAGGCAAUGUAUAUAUGUACUAUAAACUGCACAACUUCUAUCAGAACCAUCACCGAUAUAUUAAUUCCAGAAAUAAUCACCAGCUUUUGGGAGAAGAUAUUACAAAUGUUGAAAACUGCGCUCCAUUCCAGAGGGCUUCCAGUGAUAUACCCCUUGCUCCUUGCGGUGCCAUCACCAACAGCAUGUUCAAUGACACUAUUCUUCUGUCAUACUACCCUAACUCAUCUACAAGAAUCAAUGUCCCCCUGCUCAGCAGUGACAUUACGUAGUGGACCGAUAAGCAUGUCAAGUUUCAAAAUCCCAAGUCCAGUGACCUUUCCAGUGCAUUUGCAGGAACUGCCAAGCCCCCUUACUGGAGGAAGCCGGUGUAUCAGUUGGACCAAGAGAAUCCAGAAAACAAUGGCUUCCUCAACAAUGAUUUCAUUGUCUGGAUGCGGGUAGCAGCCCUUCCCACUUUCAAAAACCUAUCCCGGCGCAUCCACAGAAUCCAGCAGUUUGCGCAUGGCCUCCCCGCCGGGAAUUACAGCCUUGACAUAUCCUACAACUUCCCUGUUACCAUAUUCAAAGGGAAAAAGGGAAUGGUCCUUUCCACAGUGACGUGGAGCGGAGGGAAGAGCUUCUUUCUUGGUGUUGCCUAUACAGCCACAGGAGCCAUGACGGCAGUUCACUUAAAACUGAAAAAAAGGAAGGCAUCCUUCCAACCUUAA